AUGCCGGCCGUGCAACCGCGCGCAACUUCGACGCGUCUUCUGCCCGCCGCCGACCCUCGUCCACGCACCGCACCAGCAACAACGCCAUUGACCGCGCCCACCGCCGCCGUCAUGACCGCCGCCGACAUCAUCGCCGACCCGGACCUGCGCGCCGUCCUCGACGCCGCCUCGCUCGCCCAGCAGCAAUGCGACGCGCUGCUCGCCGUGCUCGCCGAGCACCCUCUACCGCCUCCGACCUCGCCGUCCUCCGAAAGCGGCACCCAGAACAUGCCGCCCGACGUCGCGGAGCAGAUAUCGUCGGCGCAGAAAGCCCUGCACGCCCACCUCGCCGCGGUGCGCAACCAGAACCGCAAGGCGCUGCUGAGCGUGCGCUCGACCAAGCACGCCACGGCCGACGCCCGCCACGAGGUCGACACGCUGCACCUGGCGCUGCAGAACCUGUACUACGAGCAGCGGCAUCUGGAGUCCGAGAUCAAGGCUUGCCAAGGCUACGACCAUCCGUAUCAGAAGCUGCCGCUGAUGGCGGAAGAGGAGUUUGUGGCCGCCUUUCCCGAGGUGGUCGAGGGCUGUAGGGAAGCUGCGCAAAAGGCCGUCGGGGAGAGACGAGAGAUGGCGGAGGGUGGAGAGCAAGCGGGCGAGGACGUGGGGAUGGAGGGGGGAGAGGAGGAUGCAGCCUACGAGGAGGAAAUGUUCGAAGACGCCUUGAUGAAGGCCAGGAUCGAACAAGAGCACAAGGAGAGGUUGGCGUUAGAGGAGAAGAGGCAGGGCUUGCUGAAGAAGAAGCAGGGAUUGAUUGCGGAGAACAACAAAAGAAAGGAGGACCUGGCGAAAUUGGACGAAAGUUUGGAAAAGUUCAUCGAGGCUGCCAAGCCCAUCGAGCAAACGUUUCAAAAAGAGUACUAG